AUUUUCAAUUCCAACCGCAAUCCUUCAUCCUCAACAAUUUGGGGUUUUGAGAGAGAGAGGGAGCUACUGAAUUCGAGCUGAAAUGCAAGUUCUAAGCCAGAUUUUCUCUCCUCGCACCCUUCCUUCGCGCCGAGGAAAUCGAUCGGAAACCCUAGGAAUUGCAGCUUCGCAAUCGAGAUUGAAGCGGAAGUAUACUAGGAGCAGCGGCGUUUCCUCGUUCGUAGACAGGAGGGGGAAUUUGAUCGAUUGUGCUGUAAAGGGGAGGAGGAAUGUAGUAGUUUCAGCUGUAGAAGAAGGAAUCUCGGGUGCUGGUGCACAGAGAAAGAGAAAAGUGGUUGAACAUAUAUGCCUAGUCAAAGCAAAGGACGAUUUGUCUGAAGAGGAAGAGAAAGACAUGCUGGAUUUUCUUUACACGACUCAAUAUCAAAUGCGAGGCAUUGUUGCCAUGUCAUUAGGACGCAUAUGUGAUCAAAAUCCCGAGCAAUUCACCCAUGCCAUAUUUAUGCGUUUCCAGACGAAAGAGGACCUUGCCAAAUUCUACGAGAACACCUUCUAUACAACAGUUCUCAAGGAACAUGUGAUGCCUUACUGCCAUGGGUUUAUAAAUUUUGAUUACGAGUCCGAAGUAGAAGAUGAUAUCCUGCCAAUCUUCCGGAAGGGAGAGGAGUUCAACUACGGUGUCGAGCUAAUGAUACUUGUGGAAUUUAGUCAGAGUUCUCUGGGUGGGCCUGCUGAAGAUGCAAUUACUUCUCUUGCAAACUUGACAGUGGAUUUUCCUUCUCUGAUUGUUCAAGCUACCAAAGGUGCUAAUAUGAAAAUGGAUAAUGUGGAGUAUACUCACGGGGUGGUAGUGAGGUUCCGGUCAGUGGAGGCCUUCGAGAUCUUCAUGAGCAGUUCAGAAUACAAUACUAUCUGGGAAUCCAAAUUCGCGCCGUUCAUUCGAAAGGCUCUAUGUUUGCAUUUUUCAGUAGAUCCUGUUGGCAAAGAGCUUAUGUAGCAAGGUCAGUCUCCUUCAUAUACUCUUCAGAGCAUCCACAACGCGGAUACUCAAAAUACUAUGGAUUGUCACUAUAAUAUUUUUGAAGCAUUAUAUUUGUGCUGAUUUUAUAAUAAUUAGCCUUGGCUUGCCUAAUUUGAUUUGGCAAAAA